CCAGAUGGCAUCCUCUGUGGCUGGGCUCACUGGUGUCUGCACUAUGAGACAUGGGCAUCCAAGGUUGCUGCCAGGACUCUUGAUGCUGCUGCUGUUGCCAUUGGGAGCUGCAGCCCAGAAAACUAGUGGCUGUGCUCGCUGGUGCCCUCCGAAAUCCACAUGUGUCAAUGCCACCACUUGUCGCUGCUCUCCAGGAUUCAGUUCUUUGUCUGGGGAGAUCUUCAGCAGCCCCUUGGAGAGUUGUGAUGACAUUGAUGAGUGUGGACCACCUCCGUUGGUGUCCUGUGGACGGUUAGCAGACUGUCAGAACACAGAGGGGAGCUACCACUGCAUGUGCAGCCCGGGAUACGCGCUUGCUUCUGGGGCAACGACGUUCAUGAAUGAGAGUGAGAACACAUGUCGAGAUGUGGAUGAAUGUCAGCUGAAACCCAGAGUGUGUAAAAGCCGCGGCAUCUGCACCAACACCAAAGGCAGCUAUACCUGCAAGUGCCCACCUGGCUUUGAGCUCAAUCUGGGCGACCUGAACCUGUGCACAGAUGUGAAUGAAUGUACCUCGGGGCAGAACCCAUGCCACAACUCCACCCACUGCCUCAACAACAUCGGUGGCUAUGAGUGCCGCUGCCGCCCGGGAUGGAAGCCGGUUCCUGGAUCCCCCAAUGGCCCAAAAAGCACCGUCUGUGAAGAUGUGGACGAGUGCAGCUCCGGGAAGCAUACGUGCCAUUACUCCACUGUCUGCAUCAACACUGUGGGCUCCUACAAGUGCCGCUGCCGCCGGGGCUGGAAGCCCAAACCUAGAUUCCAGGAUAAGCAACUGAACACCACCUGCGAAGUCCCUGCAGAGAUGUCCUUCCCCAACUGGAACCCACCCCCUGGAAUCAAGAGCCAGAGACUCUCUAAUUUCUUUGAAAGAGUCCAAGAGCUGCACAGAGACUUCAAGCCAGCCUUGGCUCAGGAAACCAUCCAGGACCUCAUACAGGAGGUAGAUGAGCUGCUGGAGAUUCCCGGGGAUCUGGAGGCCCUGCCCCACUCAGAGCAGCAUUGUGUGGCCACUAACCUGCUUGUUGGCCUGGAAGGUGUCCUCAGAAAUGUAAGCCAGGCCAUGCCCAAUGGGCCAUGGACCUUCAAUGCAUCUGCAGGCACAGACCUGUCCCUGGAGGUGCAGGAGGAAGGAUACAGAAAUGUCACUUUGAGUCAGAAUCUGGCAAAGAUGAUGCUGAAAUGGGAUGUGGUGCACAAAUCUGGUGACUCAGGUCCUUCUGUGGUGGGCCUCCUCUCUACUCCAGGAAUGGGCAAGUUGCUGGCGGAGGCUCCCCUGGUCCUGGAGCCUGAGAAGCAGGCAGUUCUGCAUGGGGCACCCAAAGGCUUGCUGCAGGGAGUCUCCUCUGUCCUGCUCUCAGACGUCAUCUCUGUGUUUAUGAGCAACAAGGUCACCCAGAAGCUCAGCUCCCCUGUCACUUUCAUCUUCUCUCACCAUUCAGCGACCCACGAGCCAAAACUAAAGGUGUUCUGUGUCUUCUGGGAGCACAGUCAAGAUGAAUGUGGUCAUUGGUCCACCAGAGGCUGCACAGUGGUGGACAGUGGAGACACCAGUACCACCUGCCAGUGCACUCAUCUCAGCAGCUUUGCCGUCCUCAUGGCCCACUAUGAUGUGCAGGAAGAGGAUCUUGUGCUGCCUGUGAUCACCUAUGUGGGGCUGGGCCUCUCUCUGCUGUGCCUCCUCCUAGCAGCCCUCACCUUCCUGCUGUGCAAAGCCAUCCAGAACACCAGCACCUCCCUCCACCUGCAGCUCUCGAUCUGCCUCUUCUUGGCCCACCUGCUCUUCCUCAUGGCCAUUGACCGGACCGAGAUCAAGGUGCUGUGCUCCAUCAUCGCUGGUGCCUUACACUAUCUCUACCUGGCCUCCUUCACCUGGAUGCUGCUGGAGGGUCUACACCUCUUCCUCACUGCACGCAACCUGAUGGUGGUCAACUACUCCAGUGUGAGCAUGCUUAUGAAGAAGCUCAUGUACCCUGUGGGAUACGGAGUCCCGACUUUAAUUGUGGCCAUUUCUGCUGCAUCCAGGUCUCACCUCUAUGGAACACGCACCCGCUGCUGGCUCAACCCAGAAGAGAGAUUUAUAUGGAGCUUCCUUGGGCCAGUCUGCACCAUCUUCUCUGUCAAUUUAGGUUUCUUUCUGAUGACCCUCUGGAUUUUGAAAAGCAAACUGUCUUCCCUCAACAGUGAUGUAUCCACCCUCCAGAACACAAGGAUGCUGACAUUUAAAGCCAUAGCUCAGCUCUUCAUACUGGGCUGCACGUGGUGCCUGGGCAUCCUGCAAGUGGGUCCAGCUGCCCACGUCAUGGCUUACCUGUUCACCAUCAUCAACAGCCUGCAGGGUGUCUUCAUCUUCCUGGUGUACUGCCUCCUCAGUCAGCAGGUGCGGGAGGAAUAUGGAAAAUGGUUCAAAGGAAUCAGGAAAACAAGAGCUGAGUCAGAGAAAUACACACUUUCCAGCAGGGCCAUGUCUGAUGUCAACAAACCCAUGAUGGUUAAUUAAAAUAUCUGUUAAAUUAUAUCCUCCUAUCCCAUGGAAAAUUGGAACUGUUAAUCUCUGAGCCCUUGAGAGAGGAUAAACAAGACUUCAUUGUGUGUGUAUUUCAAGAAAUUCACCAUGUCAACAGUGUGAAAGAAGUCAAUCUUGCAAAAAAAAAAAAAAAAA